CCUCCUUUCUCUCUCUAAAAACUCUCUUUCAGAAUUUUGCUCUUCCUCUUCAUCAUCAUUCUCACCAGCAUCCAAUUUCCCAGUUUCCUGUUUUUCCAAAACAAUCAAAAAAGCAAAAGAAAAACAAAAAUAGAAAAAGGGGAAAAGAAUUCUUUAACCAGAGGGGAAGAGUCACAGUAAAAUGGCAGAAGAGGCACAAGUGAAUUUGGAAAAUCCGGCGACAAAGGCUUCUGUCGAGGGUGCCGAGAGCACUUCCAAUGCCACCAAGGUAAUAAAUGGGGAUUCUCAACCUGUAGGAAAAGAAAGAAAAAAAGAAGAGGAGGAAACUGCUUUGGAUGGAGAAUUCAUUAAAGUUGACAAGGAAUCACUAGAGGUCAAACCUCAUGAUGUCCAAAUAUUUGGAGAUGACGAGACACCUGUUAUCGAGACGAGCUCGAGCAAUUCAAGUAGAGAAUUGCUAGAAUCCCAAGAGAAAGUGAGAGAACUCGAGCUUGAGAUCAAAAGAUUAGCCGGGGUGUUAAAGCAGUCGGAGUCUGAGAAUUCACAGCUCAAGAAUGAGGUUUCGGUUUCAAAGGAGAAGCUGGAACAAAGUGGACAGAAGUAUGAAGAGCUUGAGCUCAGUCACAAGAAAUUGCAAGCGCAACUUGUUGAUGUCGAGGAGAAAUACAGUUCGCAGCUCAAUGCAUUGCAAGAGGCAGCGCAAUCGCAGGAAGCAAAGAACAAGGAGUUGAACGAGGUUAAGGAAGCAUUUGAUCGUCUUAGCCUGGAGCUCGAGAGCUCUAGAAAGCAAAUUCAGGAGUCGGAGCAAGAACUUAAGUCUUCUGUAAGCGAGGUACAGAAGUUUGAGGAGCUGCACAAGCAAAGUGGUUUACAUGCUGAGUCUGAGACAAAAAGGGCGUUGGAGCUUGAGAAACUGCUGGAAGAGACAAAAUUGAGAGCAAAAGAGGUAGAAGAUAAGACGGCUUCAUUGCAAGAAGAACUUAAGGGUCUGCAUGUCAAGAUCACCGAGAAUGAAAAGGUUGAAGAAGCACUGAAGUCUACAACGGCAGAGCUUUCUACAGCCCAUGAGGAGCUGGCUCUUUCGAAAUCCCAAGUGCUGGACUUGGAGCAGAGACUGUCUUCAAAGGAAGCUAUUAUUAGUGAGCUGACACAGGAAUUGGUUGAGAAAAAAAAUUCAGAAUCUCACGUGAAGGAACAACUUUUAGCUCUUGAAACUUUGGCUGCUUCGAGUAAAGAAGAUAUUCGAGUGAAAGUUUCCGAGUUGGAAGAGGUAAAAUUGAAGUUGCAGGAGGAAGUAGCUGCAAGGGAAUCAGUUGAAGCUGCCGCUAAAACCCAUGAAGCACAAGUCUCUGCUGUGCGGGAGGAAUUGGCGAAAGUGACCAAUGAGAAAAAAGCUAUUGAAGAAGCUCUCGCAGAUCGGACUGGUGAUUCGGAGAGGCUGAAGGAGUUGUGCAGAGAUCUUGAGGAGAAACUGAAGCAUUCAUAUGAAAAUUUUGACAAGACAGAUUCUCUUUUGUCACAAGCUUUGUCAAACAACACGGAGCUCGAGAAGAAGUUGAAGUCUCUGGAAGAGCUCCAUGCUCAAUCGGAUACUGCUGCUGCAACUAUUACUCAAAGGAACCUUGAGCUUGAGGGUCUUGUCAAAUCUUCGAAUGCAGCAGUAGAAGAGACGAAAUCGCAGCUGAGAGAACUCGAAACACGCUUUAUCGAAGCAGAAAAAAGGAAUGUGGAGCUUGAGCAACAGUUGAACUUGUUAGAACUCAAAAGCAAUGAUGCUAAGAGAGGACUGAAAGAAUUCUCUGAGAAAGUAUCUGAACUCAAUGCGACGUUGAAAGAGGUUGAGGAAGAAAAGACACAACUGAGUGGUCAAAUGCUAGGAUAUCAGGAAAAGAUAGCACAGCUGGAAUCUGCCUUGAGUCAGUCAUCAUCGAAAAAUUCAGAACUUCAGGAGGAGUUGAAGAUUGCUGUGGCAAAAUGUUCCGAACACGAGGAUAGAGCCAGUAUGAAUCAUCAAAGAAGCAUUGAACUAGAAGAUUUGAUCAAGACGUCUCAUUCAAAAGCUGAGGAUGCUGGUAAAAAGGUGAGUGAAUUGGAGUUGUUACUCGAAGCGGAAAAGUAUAGAAUCCAGGAACUUGAAGAACAGAGAAGCACCUUAGCAAAGAAGUGUUGUGACACAGAAGAGGAUUCCAAGAAAUAUUCUGAUAAGAUAUCUGAUCUUCAAUCUGAACUUGAGGCAUUUCAAGCAAAAUCAACAAGUCUUGAAAUUGCAUUGCAAGGUGCCAACGAAAAGGAAACGGAGUUGAUUGAAUCAUUGAAUGUAGCAACAUCUGAGAAGAAAAAGUUGGAAGAUGAAUCAAAUGGUACAAGUGAGAAGCUUGCUGAAGCAGAAAAUCUAUUGGAAGUGAUGAAAAAUGAACUGACUCUGACACAAGAGAAAUUGGAAAGUAUUGGAAACGACCUCAAGGUUGGUGGAGUUAGAGAAACUGAGAUCAUAGAGAAGCUCAAAUCUGCGGAGGAGAAACUCGAGCAACAAGAAAGACUCAUAGCGAAAACAACUGAGAGGAAUUCAGAACUUGAACUGUUGCAUGAAUCCCUGAAGAGGGACUCGGAAAUUAAAAUCCAAGAAGCAAUAGUAAGUUUCACGAGCAGGGAUACGGAAGCGAAAUCUCUAUUUGAGAAACUAAACAUUCUUGAAGAACAAGUGAAGGUUUACCGGGAGCAGAUAGGAGAAGCAGCUGCGAAAUCUGCAUCAUUAACUGUGGAAUUAGAGCAGACUUCGGAGAAACUGGCUUCUUUGCAAAGUGAAAAUGAAGAACUAAGGAACCAGAUCUUAGGAGCGGAAACUAAAGCUUCUCAAUCUAUAUCAGAAAAUGAGCUUUUAGUUCAGACAAAUAUUCAACUCAAGAGCAAGGUUGAUGAACUUCAGGAAUUGUUGGACUCUACUCUUUCGGAGAAGGAAGCCACUGCUGAACAACUUGAAUCCCACAAGAGUACAAUUGCAGAAUUAACUGAGCAGCAUUCAAGAUCCAUUGAGCUUCACUCUGCUACUGAAUCCCGCUUCAAGGAAUCAGAAACAAAGUUGGAAGAAGCCAUUCGGAGAUUCACUCAGAGAGAUUCGGAAGCUUAUGACUUGUCUCAGAAGCUGAAUGAGCUACAACUCCAACUAAGCUUAUAUGAAGAACAGGCUCAUGAAGCAUCCACAGAUUCCAAAACUAGAAAAACUGAGCUCGAAGACACACUUCUGAAACUGAAACACCUGGAGAGCACCGUAGAGGAACUGCAAAGCAAAUCAUCUCAUGUUGAGAAGGAGAGCAGAGAGCUAAGUGAGACCAAUGUGAAGCUUACACAGAAAGUGGCUGAGUUCGAGGCAAAACUACACGAUUUAGAAACAAAACUGUCUGCAGCUCUUGUUGAGAAGGAUGAAACAGCUGAACAGCUUCGCACUGCGAAGAAGACUGUAGAAGAUUUAGUACAGCAACUUACUUCGGAAGGGGAGAAACUACAAUCUCAGAUAUCUUCGGUUAAGGAUGAGAACAACCUGCUUAAUGAAACGCAUCAAAAUGCCAAAAAAGAACUUCAGUCUGUCAUUCUUCAGCUUGAAGGGCAAUUGAAAGAAAGCAAAGAAAAUGUAGAUGCUUUAAAAUCUGAGAAUGAUAAUCUUAAGGCUGAGAUCAAGGAAAAAGCUCUUCUACAAUCUCGGUUGAAGGAACUUGAAGAACAAUUGUUGAAAACUGAAGCUCGGCUAAAAGAAGAGGUUGAAAGCAUUCGAUCAGCUUCUGCGGAAAGGGAGGCGGAAUUGACGUCAAAGUUGAAGGAUCAUGCCCAAAAAGUCCAUGAUAGAAGUUUAUUAGAUGAACAAGUGAUACAACUUCAAAAAGACUUGCAACUUGCUCACACCACCCUUGCUGAACUGCAGAAAGAUGUCAGUUCUCAAAAAGUCUUGGAUCAAGAAGCAGCAGUGAAACGUUCUCAUGAAGAGCUUGGAGCUAGGAACAAAGAGAUUACACUUCUACAGAAGCAAGUAAAAGAUCUCGAGCACAAACUGCAGCUGGCUGAUUUAAAAGCAACAGAAAAGGGUGAUGGGAGCGGUCAUGCUGCACUUAAGGAGGGAUUGGAAGUGAAAUCCAGGGACAUUGGAGCAGCCAUAUCUUCCCCAUCCAGAAGGAAGAGUAAGAAAAAGUCAGAGGCAGCAUCUGCUCAAACAUUGUCUUCCGUGGAGGCUCGCACUCUAACUGUGGAGCAGUCGCCUCUGCUGAACUAUAAAUUAAUCUUGGGUGUUGCUCUGGUGUCUGUGAUCAUUGGCGUCAUUCUUGGGAAAAUAUAUUAAUUGGCUUUGGAACUAUGGUUUUGGGGCUUGCCCCUUAUUGUUCUUUGUUCUUUGGUUCUUGUUUUUGAUAUAAAGUUGUGCAGAGCAGAUUUGAAAGCUUUGUUUGUAUGCUUUCAAGAUUAAGGUUUUUUUGACAUUAUUGGUCAGGGAAUUUGUUUUUAUUUCUA